AUGUUUACUGUCCCGUUAGGCGAGCAACCGCGGCUCAGACUCCCCGCUGGCUACGGAGAGAGGCGCUGCUCCGUCCCGAAGGCGGACUGUCGGCUCACCGCGCUCCUCGUUUGUCUCUUCGUGUUAACAGGUGAGUCGCAGGGAUUUACCAUCGUGCUGGAAAAGAGCAACUUAAAUGUCCCCAUCGGGGGAGACGCGGAGUUCACGGUGCGGCCGUCCAGUGCUAUCCAAGAUGGAACCUGGAAUUUCAAAUCGAAAAGGAUCGUCUUGUGGAUCGGAACAAACCCGUCGAUCCCUGCUGAGUACACGUCACGGCUGGAUUUAAACUUCACCAGCGGGUCGCUGACACUGAGGUCGGUGAACGAGUCGGACAGCGGGGAUUACAAAGUGACACUCACUGCAGUUGGCGGCGGCCAAGCCUCAGCGACCAUAACACUGCAGGCACUCGAACGGGUGGCGAAUGUCAAUCUGCGAUCCAACAAUUCCGAGCCGGUGGAACAGCGAGACUCCGUCGUGUUGACCUGCAGUUCCCGGGGAUCUCAAGUGAAGCGAGAAUGGAUUUUCAAAAAUCAACCCAUCCAGCAGAAUGACACGAUAACUAUAUCCGGAGACACUCUGAUCAUUGACCCAGUAGACAGGGCCGACACAGGGAUGUAUAAAUGCAUCGUAAGCAAUGGACUGAACAGCGGCAACGCGGAGACCUCCCUGAAGGUUUUAUAUGGGCCGGACAAUAUGGAAAUUACCCCCCAGAGUCCAUUAACAAUCCAGAAUGGAGAAGGUCUAAUGUUGACCUGUUCGGCCCAGUCCCUGCCCAGCCCUGUGUAUGAGUGGUUCAAUGGGGCAGAGAUGCUGAGUACAGGUCCAGUAAUCACCAUCCCCUCAGUAAGGGUGGAGGGCGGUGGGAAGCACACAUGUCAUGUCAAUAAUACCAGGACUGGCAGAAACAUCAACCUCACUGCAGAGGUCAUCGUGCUCAGUGAGUGA